AUGUAUGGGUUUCACAAAGAACGAGACGUUUUCCACACCGGGAACCCCGACACCACCCUCUGGGAAUUCAAGCACGGUAAUGGCAAUUUUAAGCGCGGUGACAUCGCUGGCUUGCGCGAGAUUAAGCGUCGCGCCAGCAAGCAGCUCGGCCCCAAGGAGAGCACCUACGUCAAGGCCAGUACCUCACAGCCAGGCACGCCUGCCGAGCCCGUCCAGUACCCCCCCGAAACCACCGAAGCCAAACUCGCCCAUUUGGAGUAUAGCGUCAUUGAAAUGGGUGCACGACUACAGAGGAGCGAAGAGCAGUCGCACUAUAUGCAGCUUCGCAAUCAGGCAGCCCUGGAUACGGUAUCCCGGCUCUUACAGUUCAAUCAGGAAUUGUCCCGCAUGGUGCUAUCCCUGGCUCCGUCGGACAGUCAAACGCAACGCGACGUGGUGGCUUUGCAAGCUGAAAUGCAACGGCAAACGGAUUUCGUGCGCACCUUUGAAGAGCCCGCAGAGCCGUCUUAUUCUGUAACCAGAUCCUAUCUUGGCAAUAUCGACAAUGCUCCGGUGUCACCAAGACAACUACCACAAGACGAUGUCCGUCGCACCGCGCCGGGCAUUGUCCAGAUGCGCGCACAGCCAUCCUACCGCCCACUGGUGUCUUCCAAUCUGACCUCUGGCAGCCGUCGCUUUGGAUCCAUUGGCGGCACCAGCCCGAACCAGUCCUCACCGCUACGCAACGCCGCUCCCGCACCACCGCCCGCCCCUCAUCAGCUGUCGGCAAACGAAGCGCCUGGCAUGAGCAUGGGCCGUCGACAUACGGCCGCCGAUAUUCGAGCCCACGGCUGGCAGGCUGGCGCAGCGCCCUACCACCCUUCCAACCCGGCAUCUGCGCCUUGGCCCUCAUCACCUAAUCGAGUUCCUCCCGAGGAUCAGCGCAUCCGUGAGUCGCUAUCCGCCUAUUCGCUGCAGAGCGCUUCGCAUGGACACCCGCGGUCACGUCCAACAACGCCUCCCCCGCCUACCGCCAAUGGCACCUCUAAUGGACACGAUACAUUCGCCGGCUGGGGCUGGAAUUCUACCGGCAGCCGUGACGGCCGAGGUACGUUGUUCAAGGACUCAUCGGCUCCUCCUACCAGGCGAGGAAGCAUGGCUCAUAUCCUCAACCCGAGCAAUGCCGAGAACAGGUCAGAUGAAGAGGACGACUUGCGCGGCGACGAUGAUCGCAAACGAAAGCGCAUGCAGUGA